UAAAGCCAACCAGUGGCGGGUAACCUAAAAGAAAGAUAACAAAAAAUCAAAAGGGGAUUAGGGUUUGCAGAGAUCGAAGGUGGUGUUACGAUCUGAAACUCACUUCUAGCUUGAAAAUUCUUCAACAAAGCUCCAUCCGUGUCUACUAAGUCCUCCAAGAAGCAGCCGCAGCGAUUAUCGAUUCCGAUUCGAACUCGAACAAGAGAAGAAGACGACAGUCGGGUUAGUUCCCUUCCAGACUCAAUUCUAUGUCACAUUCUCUCCUUUCUCCCAACAAAACAAGCUGUUGCCACAACCAUACUCUCAAAGAGAUGGAAACCAUUAUGCCUCUCAGUUUCCAUUCUCGAUUUCGAUUUCAACGACAUCUCAACACUUUCCAUGAAAACAUCAGCCAAUCUAUUCUGUCUUGUAUACUCAGUCAUGCUAUCGCGUCACGACACACUCCCAAUACAAACAUUCCGCCUCAUAUGUUGUCCUUCUAGAACAAGGUAUGCCGAAGAUAUCAUCGAACUUAUUAUUUCAGCCAUACAAAGAAGAACUCAAACACUAGAACUUGACUUGAAGUUUAUUCGUAUACACAACAAUUUUGUUUCCAACUUAUUCAUUUGUAGGACGCUUACUGUUCUUAAGUUAAAAAGGUUAACUAUUUGGGAAGACAUUCCUCAAAUAAAUAACAAUAUAUCACCGCUCAAAACUCUUCAUUUAGAAAAACUUUAUUUCACAACUUAUACGCACCUCAUCAACUUUCUCUUAUCCUUUCCACUUCUUGAGGAGUUGGAAACAAAUGAUUUACAUAUAUGUCAGCAGAGAUUUGUUCCAAAAGAAGCGGACAAGAUCAAAUGCUUGCGCAAUUUGAUGACAGCCAAGAUUUCUGAUAACGAGCCUCUUCCUUUAUUCUUGCUUUCCAGGGUACACGCAAAUCUCAGCAUAAAGCUCACAAGGGCCUGCUUUGUCGAAGUCCCUGUUUUUUACAAUCUAACUCAAAUGGAGAUAUUCUCUGACUUAAAGCGUCGAAGUUGGCCUAACAAGUGGAUGUGGAUUCUAGAAAUGCUUCAAAAUACUCCCAAGCUUCAACAUCUUAUCAUUCAUGAGGAGAUAGAAAAUGGGAAUGAUCAUGAGGAGUACAGUUGGGAGGACCCAAAGAAGGUUCCCGAAUGCCUUUCAUCUCAGCUCAAAACUUGUUUGUUUAGGAAUUAUAGAGCCAAUGAAUGCGAGCUUCAAUUUGCUGAAUAUGUUAUGCGCAGUUCAAAAGUAUUAAUUAGCAUGACAAUUCACGGUGCCUGUUCCGUAGAUUUAAAUGCCAAGUGGGAGAUGUUAGAGAAAUUAUGUUGCUAUCCAAGUGACUGUAAUGUUGUUCUAUUUGUUUGACAAGGGAGGCUAUUAAAUAUUUCUAAAAUCGUGUUACCUCAAGUGAAGAGCCUUUUAUAUUAGGAACUCUUUAUUUUUAUUUUCCGGGUUAGGUUUAUGUCCCUCCAGUUUUUGUUGUUACUUUUUUCUUCAAUAAAUUUAUAGCUUUAUAAAAACAAAAAAAAAAAAUUUACUUUUCUUUUCAUUUUCUUACCAAUUGUUUUUUAUUUUAGUUAUCUUGAUCCCUAUCAUUUUCUAGCAGUUGUUGAUAUGAUGCAUAGAUACACCUACAUGGAUCAAAUGAUGUAAAUUCUGAAUUCCUGUUUUUAAGUUUGUCACUGGUGUACUUCUUUUGGAUAUUUUGGCCAGGGUGAGAAAAUGCCCUAGUGGUCCACGGCUGAGAACCGUAAAAUUAAGAAGUCUUGCCAGAUUCUAAGAUGCAAUAUGUUCACACUAGAUUUUGCUCAGUCACUCACUGACCUACCUCGUUUUCGAGUGAAUAUGCAAAUUAGUUUGUCAAAUUGUAUGUAUCGGUCAAAAUGCUCAUGUAGUCUCUUGGUUGUUCUUGUGGUGACUGUCAUUCAACGUCAGUGUGCUCUAAUUCAUGCUCGUUGAAAGUUGGGACUUCAAUGGUAACAGAACAUAUGAUAUGAUUUUGAUAUUUUCCAGCUGUAUUACACGAAGAAAAAAAAGUGAUUUAAGACCUGUUGUGUAUGAAGUGUGUUGGCUUGAAUUUAGCAGUCUUAUACUUCAUUCUGAUAUGUGUGUUCUUGGCCAGGUUGGGGAUGGUAUCAUCGGAUAAGGCAAAGAAAGCCGACAUAUUGAACAAAAUCAGUGUCUAAUGUUAUUAAAGGAUAGCUCCAGCUACACUUCAGUGAGUGGAGAUAUCCUUAUCUAGGCUAGUCUCUAGGAUAUCUAGAGUAUACCCUCACACAUAGUAAUACUCUCUUGUAACUAUCUCCUGAAAAUUAGGAACUUUCUAACUGAUUCAGUUUGGCUAGUUAAACUUACAAGAGAGCCAAUUGUAACAGAUUUAGAAUUCAUAAUUGCAAAAACUGAAAACGAUUCAGUUGAAUCA